AAAAAUUAAUGAAAAAAUCAAUAACAGUCUGCUGUCAAUACACAAAGGAGAGAAAUUUUUUGCAUCACUAUCGUCUUGUGAAACUUUCCGAUAUUUCAGCCUAUUUUUCGCCUCGUCGCAACUUCUUUUUCGUCCUUGUGCUACUGUUAGAACGUGAUAGUUAAAAUCUCGCCAAUUGAGCGAAUUGCGCUGUUCCUCCAUACCAGCUGAUCCGAAAAUAGUUUUUCUAGUCCACAACAAUGAACAUAAAAAUGCCAGAUUUCGACAUGAAGAAGUUCGUGAAAGAUGCUGGCUCAACACUUUCCCGUGUGGUGCAGCUCACCGAAGAAAAGCUGGGUACAUCGGAGAAAACCGGCAUGGAUGGGCACUUUGAGCAUCUUAGCGAACGGUCAGAUUGCGCCCGGAUGUGGACCGAGAAAAUCGUGCGUGACACCGAAGCGGCAAUCGUUCCGAAUCCAGCAAAUCGAGUCGAAGAUUUCAUAUUCGAGAAAAUCGAAAAGCAAAAGCCCAAAAGAUUGAGCAAUCUGGAGUACCUAGGCCUAGACAUGAUCGAAGGAGGCGGAGAAUUCGGCCAGGAUGGGGCAUACGGUGCUGCGCUGAUCAAGGUUGGCCAAGCCCAGCAGAAGUUGGGUUCUUGCGAGAGGGACUUUAUCGGAUCGGCGGGGAUGUGUUUUAUACAACCGCUGAAGAAGUUCCUCGAGGGGGAGAUGAAAACCAUCACCAAAGAGAAGGGCAUACUGGAAAGCAAAAGACUUGAUUUGGAUGCAUGUAAGAACAGGGUACGCAAGGCGCGCAGUAUGCUGGGACAACAAACGAAGGACGGAAUCUCGCCCGAGGCUGCACUUGACCAGGCCGAGCGCGAUCUACGAGUAGCACAGUCGGAAUUCGAUCGCCAAGCUGAAAUCACAAAAUUACUGCUGGAAGGCAUCAGUACUACACAGGCAACACAUUUACGACAUCUGCACGCCUUAGUCGAAGCUCAGGUUCGCUACUACGGACAGUGCAAUAAAAUUAUGGGUGAUCUGCAGCGCGAACUGACAAGUUUGGGAGGUCCACAGCCGUACGUGCCGGUGGCAGGAUACGAGGACGAUGACACCCUCAGCGGACGCAUGAACAACAUCGAACUGGGCGCUAAUCCCGGCUACAAACGGGCCCGUGUCCUGUGCUCGUACGAUGCAAAGGACGGCACCGAGCUGAAUCUAACAUCGAACGAGGUCAUCUUUGUGUGCGAAUGCAAUCCACCGAACUGCGACUAUAUGAAUGGGAAGCAGGGCUUGUUGAAGGGUCUGGUACCGAAGGCUUUCUUAGAACUGUUGGAUGAGUAGAUUCCUAAGCGUCGUUUCGCAUUGUUGAAUACUUUUAAAGCACACUGAGUUGCAGCGCGAAUCAGAAUAUAAUAGAAACAAAUGCUGUUGCUUUAAAUUAUUUAUUUUUUAAGUUACUUUUAUUGUCAAAAUCUCGCAAUCUCGUUCAGUUCGUUCGCGAGUACAUUGUUGCAUGUUUUCCAAUGUUUCGUAAGUUUAAAUUGAUUGGGCUUCUAGUGAGUGAAAAUAGCAAUGUAGCAAAUGAUAAGCGAACAAUACCCAACGAAACAGUUACUGCAGUGCCGAUCAUGUUUAAAGGAAAAGGAAAUUGACGCAUUUUUAAGCGCUUAUAAAAGACGCACUUUGUCAAUUAUUGUAGCAAAAAAAGAACAGCCAGUUAUAGUAGAUUUUUGUUUGGGAACGGCUGCAUUAAACAUUCCUUGUAAAACUGUUAACACAUAUCGCCUCAAUCGAGCGGGAACUGUUCAAUUAAACAUUUGACAAUUGUUGAAAGAUUGAGAGAAAGAAACAAAGCUGUUUUGAGCGCCAAAAUAGACCGAUACUCGUUCCAAACUCAAACUCUCUAAUUAUAUUUAUCCUGUGAUGAAGUGAUAUACAAAUGCAUAAGUCGAUAUGUUGUUUCUCAUAUUCUCUAGUAUAACUGAAAAGCGAGUGAACAAUUAGACGUUAGUUAUUAUCCCUACUGGUCUACUCUAUAUAUAUAAAUACUUAAAUCGAAUGCAAAUUCAAGUCAACUAAAAUGCAUACAGGACUCACUCAAAAAGCAUUACCUAAACACGAUUGCAAACAAAAAAGAACGCUGAAUAAUGUGUAAUUUUAUCUCUUCCAUUUCGUGUUAACGUUGGAUACACUUACCUUGUUAGUCUGUAAAGGAUGCUAUGAAAUUAAAGCGAAACAAUAAAUACUUGCGUUUUAAACCAUCACCAA